CGAUCGACGUCGAUCCAAGCAGAGCUACCAGACUUGAGAACCAACUAGCACGACAUGCUAUAAACCACCAUGUUCUCCGCUUCUGGGGCCUCCAGGCCUCCAUAAUCUUGCUUGUAGCUGCUCCUGUUCAGUCGCAGCCAUGGCCCUGCUCACCUACCAGCCCGUCAAAGGCGUAUACGUGCUCGCCGCACUAGGCUUCGAGCUUCUACGUCUUCCCCUCUUCAUCGUCAAGUACCUCACCAGCUACGGGCGGCAGCACCCCGAAUGGACCUUCCGCCAGGCGCUCACCACGCGCAUCGUCUUCGCCGUCGUCUACCACAGCGCAAAAAUCCAAGCGAAGACACCAAUUCCGCUUACACCAGGCAGCGAGCAGGAGCGCUUCGUGCGCAUCAAGCCGGCGGGAGGUGACCAGUACAAGGGCCCGCUGCGCAUCAACAACGAUGUCCAGCCCGUCGAGAUCGGCGCAACAUGGUACCCGAAGCCUCUGUCAGCAUCCGCCGACAAGACCAACCUCAAAGUCAUCCUCCACAUCCACGGCGGCGCAUUCGUCUCCGGCGAUGGCAGGACACAAGCAAGCGGCUACUUCGCCAAGCUCCUCCAGAAGCACGUCGGCGCAACACACAUCCUGAUGCCGCAGUACCGCGUCUCGACACUCCCAGCGAGCAGAACGUCGAACCCGUUCCCCGCCGCCCUCCAAGACAGCUUGACGGCGUACCUGUACCUGCUGCAUGACCUGCACAUCGCGCCCUCCGACCUCAUUCUGUCGGGUGACAGCGCCGGCGCAAACGGGUCCAUCUCGCUUUUGCGCUACAUCGCCGAGUACGGCGCGGAUCUCUCGCUGCCGAACCCCUCCGCCGCGCUGCUCUGGAGCCCGUGGAUCGACCCCUCCGACACAUCCGACGACUUCGUGCACAACAACCCCAACUACAGCACCGACUACAUCUCGUUCCCUUUUACACUUUGGGGCUCCAGCGCGUACGCAGGGUCUGGCGGCAAAACCAUACUCUCACACCCAUAUGUGAGCCACAAAAACCGGACGUUCAAGACGUCGGUGCCGAUUUUCGUGAACACGGGGAGUGGGGAGGUAUUGUAUUUUGAUGAUUGUGAGUGGGCGGAGAAGAUGAAGCAGGCGGGCAACGAUGUUACGCUGGAUGUGGAGAAGCAUGUUCCGCAUGAUCUGCUUUUGUUGGGGAAUAUAUUGGGGUUUGGUAGGGAGGCACGCGCUUGUGCAAAGAGGGCUGGGGAGUGGUUGGAGAGGAAGAGGAGGUGAGCGGCGGUUGACAAGUGCCAAGAACGGGCAGCGAGUUGGAAGGAGGUGUGUAUUGUACAGCGGAGGUUUCACGGAUUGUGGGUACGAAAAUAUGUGUCAAGACGUGAAAUCACCUAGCGGCACGCAGAGGAACUGCUUGAGAUCUGCUAUACUGUACCAGCAUUCGAAACAGUGCUCUCAUGCAUUGACAUAUCCACACCCCCUCUAAACACCAACACCACCUAACAUCCCCACCUCAGUAGCGAGAAACCCCCUGUACAGAGAUGGCACUCACCACCAAACCACCUCGAACCUCCACCUUUCGUGCAGAUCAUCUCUCGCCUGUAACAAUCCAUUCUCUGGCUGUUGU